AUGAUAAAAGACUUGGGCCUUGGGUAUGAAAAGAUUGAUGCUUGUCCGAAUAAUUGCAUGUUGUAUUGGGGUGAAUUUUUAAAGAAAGACAAGUGUCAUGUUUGUGGUACAUCGAGGUGGAAGAAAACUAAGGAUAGGGGCAACGUUGUAAGUGAUCAAGGUACGGAUACUUGUAAGAAAGGUGUGCCAGCUAAGGUAAUGCGAUAUUUCCCUCUUAUACCGAGACUAAAAAGAAUCUACAUGUCAUCAGAAACAGCAGAAGAUAUGAGAUGGCAUGAUACAAAGCAAUUGGGUGAAGAUGAUAAGAAGAUUUUGAGGCAUCCUUCAGAUAGCUUAGCAUGGAAGGCAUUUGAUGAGCGUCACAGUGAUUUUGCAUUAGACCCUCGUAGUAUUCGAUUAGGUCUUGCGAGUGAUGGUUUUAAUCCUUAUCGUUUAAUGAACACCACUUAUAGUACGUGGCCAGUGAUGUUGAUUCCUUAUAAUCUUCCACCAUGGUUAUGUAUGAAACCGUCUUCUUUCAUUCUGUCCACGCUUAUUCCUGGAAAAUCAAGUCCUGAAAAUGAUAUUGACGUGUAUCUGCAGCCAUUAGUGCAUGAAUUGAAAUUGCUGUGGACAGGGGUUGAAGCUUUUGAUGCUUUUUCCGGAGAGAAAUUUAAUUUGCGUGCGGCUUUGCUUUGGACUAUUAAUGACUUUCCCGGCUAUGCAAUGCUCUCUGGUUUGAGCACAAAAGGUUACAAUGCAUGUCCUAUAUGCUUAGAUUCCACGCCUUCUGAUAGAUUUGGGAGCAAGAUUUGCUAUUGUAGCUAUAGAAAAUGGUUACCUGCAGAUCACCCAUAUCGAUGUCAAAGUGACAAGUUUUGUGAGAAGUUUGGAACUAAUGAAUGGGGUAAAGCCCCAUCUCGUCCUAGCGGCACUGAUAUAUUGAGGCAGCAAGAAAAGGUGAAGCAUGUUUACGGAAAGUCGAAGGCACCACCGAAAAAGAGGCAAAGAGGACACGAUGAUGACGAUGAUGUCCAAGAUAAAAGUGACUUUGGUACCAAGAGAAGCAUAUUCUUUGAUUUGGUGUAUUGGGAGCAUAAUCUUCUAAGGCAUAAUUUAGAUGUGAUGCACAUUGAGAAAAACGUGUCUGAGAAUAUUUUGGGAACUCUUCUUAGUAUGGAUAAGAGUAGAGAUAGUAGGAAUGAUCGAGAAGCCCUUGAAGCAUGGAGAAUAAAGUCUCACCUUUGGCUGAGUACUAAUCCUAACGGAGGUAAAUGCAUGUCUCCGGCUUCCUAUUCUAUGUCUACGGAGGAGAAGGAGAGGUUCCUAAAUGUUUUGCAGAAAAUUAAAGUUCCUGAUGGAUAUGGAUCCAACCUUUCUAGUUGUGUGAAUAUGAAGCAAAGGAAGUUGAUUAACCUCAAAAGUCAUGACAACCAUGUUCUAAUGCAGGAUAUCCUUGCCGUUGCCUUAAGGGCCUCUAAAGCUACAAAAGUAAUUGACUUGUUGGCUAGAUUGUCUUCCUUUUUCAAGAAGUUGUGCUCUACUACUAUUGAUCCAGAUGAUUUAGAUGGUCUUCAAAAUGAAAUUAUUUUAACUCUUUGUGAGUUGGAAAAGGAGUUUCUGCCUUCAUUUUUCACAAUCGAAAUGAAAAAGGAGUUUCUACUACUAUUGCGACGAAACAAGCCAUGA